CUGGUUCUAUAUCAUCUACUCGCUGCAUACCAAGAGGUGGUCCAAUCUCUCUACUUGUUCCUUAAAGCACUUCUAUCAAUUCUUUGUCAAAUACCCAUUUCAGUUUACACAAUAUUUUCAUUUUAAAAGGUUAAAAAAAAAAUAUUUUCUUUUCAAUAUUUGAUCAAGGAGUUUUAGUCCACCCAGUUUCAAAGAUCCAACAUUUUUCACUUGGUUCAAAAGGAUAUAAGGUUGAAAAAGGAAGAAAAUUUAGGCAGUGCAUCAGUGGUGGUGUUGGGGUGUGGAGGAGAGCUCAGAUCUAAAAUCAUAAAGGGUUAAUUAUGUCUUUCCUCGGAACCCAACAGAAAUGCAAGGCUUGCGAUAAGACAGUUUAUCCAGUAGAGCAGCUAUCUGCAGAUGGUGUUUCUUACCACAAGUCAUGCUUUAAGUGCACCCAUUGCAAAGGGACUUUAAAGCUGAGCAACUAUUCCUCAAUGGAAGGUGUUCUGUACUGCAAGCCUCAUUUUGAGCAACUCUUCAAGGAAACUGGCAAUUUCAACAAGAACUUUCAGUCACCUGCAAAGUCAGCUGACAAGUUAACUCCAGAGCUGACUAGAUCACCAAGCAAAGCUGCCGGCAUGUUCUCAGGAACACAAGACAAAUGUGCCACUUGUGGUAAAACCGCCUAUCCACUGGAGAAGGUGACAGUGGAGAGUCUGACUUAUCACAAGUCUUGUUUCAAGUGCUCCCACGGUGGCUGCGCCAUAUCGCCAUCUAACUAUGCAGCUUUGGAGGGGAUUCUGUACUGCAAACACCAUUUCUCUCAGCUCUUCAAGGAGAAGGGAAACUACAACCAUCUGAUCAAGUCUGCAUCGAUUAAACGGGCUGCCGCAGCCUCUAUUCCAGAAGCAUAAACUCAUGAAAGAAAAAACAUAAAGAAAAAAAAAAACAAAAGAGAACUUGUGGUGUGGUUACAAUGACUUUCUUUCUAUUGUUUGAGAGUGUUUUUUUUUCUUCUCCUCAGCACUAUGAUGCUUUAUUUUACAUGAUGGAGACGGGCAAAACUUGGCUUUUCUCUGUCAUGUAUGGCCACCAGUGUUGGAUCGUGUUGUUUUUUUGUUGUUGUAUGGGAAUGGGAUGUGGAAAUCCAACGGUUGUAAAAUGACAAUUCAGGACCUGAGAUGCAAGUCAUGUUGCCUUUUCAUAAAGACAUGGAAACACCCGAGUCAAGUGAGUUAUUUCUUUUA